AUGAAAUCAAUCAUCUUGGCCGUCGCUCUUAUUGGUGCUGCUUCAGCUGGCUAUCUCGCACCAGCUGCAUACAGUGCCCCACUUUUAGGAGGUUAUGCUGCUCCAGCACUGGCCCCCGCUGCUCCACUUGGUUACUCGGCUCCAAUCAUCAAAUCAGCCGCUUAUGCAGCCCCAGCUUUUGCUGCUGCUCCAGCCAUCGCCGCUGCCCCAGCCUACGCCGCUGCUGCUCCAUUAGCCUACUCAGCUUCCAUUGCUGCUCCAUUGGAUUAUUCGAAUUACGGAAAUUACGGAUAUUCUGGAUAUCCUUACGGUCUCUACAAAAAGAAGGCUUCUGCCUAA